AUGCGGUCCCCCGCGUGCGGCGCAAGCGGAGCAGGUUCCGCUGCGGGUGCAGAUCCUGGGGAACGGGGGAGCGCAGAGGCGCGGGGAGACGGGGCUACCCUGGGGGUAGCGAGAGAAAGGGGAGGCGCGGAAGCCGUGAUGGGGGAGGGGAGCGGGGAGGGGGACGGGGAGGUGGCGCAAGCCCGCGCAGGGGGAGAUGCGGACGGGGGAAGGGGGAACAUGGCGGGGGAAAGGGGGGAACGCGCAGCGGAAGCGCAAUGCGAAGCGGAGAGAGGGGGCGGCGCUGGAGGUGGGGUAGAGACGGGAGGUCGAGAGGAAGGAGAGACAGGGCCGGUGCGGGAGGGGGAGGGGGAGAGGAACGGGGAAGGAAGGGGAGCGGGAGCGGGAUCGCGAGCGGAGGCGGAGGCGGAGGCGGAGGCGGGAGCGGAAGAGGAUCUGUCGACGAUAGACCCGUGCCAUAUCAUCAGGCUCAUCCGCACACUGCUGGAGGAGGCGGGGGGGGGAGAUGCGGAGGGCAGGGGAGGGGGAGGCGGGGCAGAGGGGGCAGAGGCGGUAAGCGAGGGAGGGAGGGGUGGGAGGGGAACAGGCGGGGAGGGCGGAGUGCGGGGAGAAGCGGAAGAAGCAGGGGGGGUUGGAAUGGACGAGGGUGGGGAGGCGGGGGCGGGGGAGGCGGGUGUGCGUGCUGGAAGGGGGAGAGAGGGAGAGAGGGGGAUCGCAGGUGGGGAGGUGAGAGAAAACGGGUUGAGAGGUGAAGGUAGAAGCGGUGGUGGUGGUGGUGGUGGUGGUGAUGAUGAUGACGAUGGGAGGGGGAAGGAGGGCGCAUGGGAGGGGGAGGGAGGAGGCGCGAGGGAGGGCGGCGAGGGGAGGAGGGAGGAGGCAGGGUGUGUGCUGUGGGACCUGGCGGCUAGUGAGGAACAUGCAGAGCUUAUGGUGCGCAGCCAUGUACUGGACGUGGUUCUCUCUGUGCUCGCCUCUCCUUCAUCACCACGACUCAAGGAGAUCUGCAUGGGGCUGCUUGCCAACCUGGCAUGCCACGUGGCGCCAGCACACAGCAUGGCUGCCAUGGGCAUGGGCGGCAGCGACAGUGCGGCGCCCAGCAGCAUGAUGCAUGCGGUGGUGGGGGUGCUGAUGGGGGAGGACGACCCCCCCUGCCUCACUGAGACCUGCCGGCUGUUAGGCACGGUGCUGCGCGGUGCAGAGUCAGAGGCAUGGGCGACAUUCCUGGCAGGCUCUGCUCCUGACUGCCUGCCGCGGGUGCUCUGGAUCGCUGCCAACACCCUGCACCCACAACUGCUGCGCAAGUGCACGGAUCUGCUACUGGCAAUGGUGGACUCCUCCCACCCGGCAUCACGCGUGCUGCUGCCUGCGCUGCUCGCCCUGCCUCUGCUCUCCACCCUCGCCGACCUCAUUGCCUCUGAGAUGGACCGACUCGCAGACGGCUCCAGAGAUGAUGAAGACAUCCUGGAUGCGCUCCUGCAAGUGCCUGAAGCCAUCUCUCUCGCGCCCGGCCCUCCCUCCGCCCUCCUCGCCGCCCAUCCCCACAUGCUCCCCCUCGCUGUCUCUGUCGUCGCCUCGGCUCCAUCCCAUGCUGUGGCGGCAGCAGCAGUGACAGCAGCGGUGCUAGCAGCCAACAUCAUAGAAGACGACCCCUCUCUCAUCCCUCACCUCACUGCAGCACCGCAGUUUGUGCCGCGCCUGCUGGGCCUGCUCCCCUUGGUCUCAGACGACGAGGGCGCGCGCACUGCUGCGUGGUCCCUGCUGCACGCCCUCUGCUCCCACGCCCUCGCACGUGGGGGGGAGCCUGCUGGGCGCGAAGCAGGGGAGAGGAGAGAUGGGCUUGUGGGGGAGGAGGAGGCGGAGAGAGGGAUGGGGGAUUGUCCUGAGGGGGGGCAGAUGGAGCGGAUGCAAGAGGAUGAGGGGAGAGGUGAGGGGGAGGUGGGAGGAGCGGAGGGGCAGCAGCAGCAGGCACGUAAUGCAGGAAUGGCUGAAAGUUCUGAUAGAAUGGAGGGAGGAGGAGCAACGGUAGCGGCAGCAUCGGUGGUUGUGAGCGCAGUGGUGUCAGAGUAUGAGAGAAUUGUAGAUGACUUGCAGGAGCAUGAGAGGCAGGAGAGCAGCGUGUGCCUGGGCGAGGGGAGUGGCCGUGACACGAGUGAGAGGGGCGCUGACACAAGCGCGAGGGGCGGUGACAGGAGUGAGAGGGGAGAUGACGCGGGCGAGAGGGGUGGUGAGGAAGAGAAGGAUGGGCAUGUAAAUGGAGUGGAGGGGAGGGCAGGGGAUGCGGAUGUGGAUAUGGGGGAGGCGGGGAUGGGGGUAGGGGAGCAGAGGAGGGACGGCGGAGUGAAUGGUGGUUGUGCGGGUGCUGCACUGGGAGCUCACACACAGGGCCACAAGGCAACCGUAUUGCUGCUAAUUCGCCUCCUUGAGCAAGCCACUUCACUCCCCCCACCAGCCCCUAACCACGGGGGCCCUUCAUCAAUGGUAGCAGCGGCCCCACAGGCACAAGCAUGUGAACUCGGAAUGACGGGCGGAAAGGCGAUAGAGGGCGGAAUGACGGGCGGAAAGGCGAUAGAGGGCGGAAUGACGGGCGGAAAGGCGAUAGAGGGCGGAAUGACGGGCGGAAAGGCGAUAGAGGGCGGAAUGACGGGCGGAAAGGCGAUAGAGGGCGGAAUGACGGGCGGAAAGGCGAUAGAGGGCGGAAUGACGGGCGGAAAGGCGAUAGAGGGCGGAAUGACGGGCGGAAACGCGAUAGAGGGCGGAAUGACGGGCGGAAAGGCGAUAGAGGGCGGAAUGACGGGCGGAAAGGCGAUAGAGGGCGGAAUGACGGGCGGAAAGGCGAUAGAGGGCGGAAUGACGGGCGGAAAGGCGAUAGAGGGCGGAAUGGGAGGGGGAGAUGGUGGAAGAGGGCGGAAUGACGGGUGA